UUAAGAAUGGAGGCAAAUCAAGAUUCUCAGAAUGAUAUUGAUCAGUGAAAAGAGACUGAUAGGAUAGUAGAGGACGAUUCUAUGUACCAAUCUUGUGCUGAGUUAAAUGUUGUGAGUGUUGAUAAAUUAGAAAGUAUUGAAGAUUCUUCAGAAAAUCUGGAUUCAAAAUUAGAAAAUUUUGAAAUUAUUGCAGAGCAGAUUGAAAUAUUGGUUAAGCUAUACCUUAAGCCCAUAAUCCAAACUACCUUCCCUAAUAGAUAUAAUAAUCUUUAUGAACUUUGAGUAGAACUGAUAGACGGAAUUAAUAGCACAGAUUGGACACCUGCAAUUCCCCACAAUUCCUCAAUCCCUGGCAGAUUAAGCAAACUCAAACUAGACUUCACCGACCUAAUAUCAAAAUGUCUCACCAACUCAUCUUCCAACUCCUCCCCAAAUCUCCAUCCCCCAAUCCCCUCCCUACUCCUAAAGAAAGAGGAUUUUGAUUGGCUGAAAAGUGAUAUUGAACACUGUCUUUUGAAGAGGGUGGAUAGGAUUGAUAUGAAAUUAUGCUCGGAUUUUUAUGGAAAUAGUAAGGGUGCUGGCUCUAUGACAGAGGAGAGUAAUCUUACGUCAGAUAAUGGAUUAAACCUUUGGUUGAAUGAGCCAAAAGAUUUAGGAUUUUUGAAGAAAAUACGAAACUUAUCUUUGCCAAAUUUGGAGAAAUUUUCUUUGUGCAUUACAACCAGACACAAAAAGAUUACUAAAAUUUUGGAUCAUAGCUUGUUUUCAAAGAGGAUCGAGUGUCUUUCCUUUGAUUGUAUUGGUUUAACUCCGAUAUGGCCUUAUCUUACUCACAUUAUUAGCAAAAGCCAUAAAGUUACUGGAAUCAUCGAGCUUUGGGAUUUUGAAAUUAGUGAACUCCAAAUCAAGAAAAUAUUCAGAGCAUAUAGACAUUUGACGGACCUGGCCUUUAUGAGUUGUAAACUUCAUUUUCCUAGAGUCCCUGACUUCUCUAAAGCCUUGGAGGAAACUUGCAUUGAGAAUCUUAACCUUUGGGAUUGAGAAAACAUUGAGAGAAGCAACUGGGAGAGUUGGCCAGAAAGAUUUAAUAACUUUAUUUGUGGGCUUUCCCAGUCAGACUUGAAACAUUCUCUCCAAGAAGUUGACUUUGGAGAAAAUUCAUGUUUUGAAAGAAGGUUCGUCUCUGAAACAUUUGGUAGAUUUGGAUUGUCUCAUGUAGUUAUAACAGGAAAUUUUAUAGAUGAUAAUUCUGCUAUAUCUACAUGCUCAGAUUAA